AUGGCAUCCGCUGCCUCAUCGAACGUAUCCUCCGAACCAUCGAAGCAGACAGGGAAGGCUCGUGGAGGCGCCUCAUCCGAAUCGGGUGUUGACGGAGAUACCCUGGAACAACCGCCCUCCGAUUUACAGGACGUACAGAACCCACCUGCUGCCAUGUCACAACUUCCGAAAUUAUCUUCACCUCUGUCUAACGUCUCGACGCCUGGAUCAACUGCAACCUCAACCGCCCCCUCGCGCGAGCCAUCCCCCGUUCGUCAUCCGCUUCGCCUCAGCGCAUCAACGUCAGCCUCCAGAGUCUCUUCACGGCGAAGAAAAGGUAGUCAAGGCCAGAGCCCGAGCCGUACUUCGAAUAACACCAGUACCGGUGCAGUCCCUUCUGCGACUUCCGUCCAGCAAGCGUUCGCCCAGGCGAAACCUCAGCUACCUGUCCCGGUUAUCGAUGCGUCCUCCAAUGUCCCCAGUCCCGACAAGUCUGACAUGGCCUCGCGAAACAGCCCCCAACAUGAGUCGGCGAGGCCCAAUACAUCCCUCAAGAGAUCACCACCACCUGAAGAAUCUGAAACAUCGACAAAAACGGAUAUGGCAGAUGAACACAAUCGGGCUGUUCCCCGUGGUGGGACGAGGGGUGCUAGCGGAGCUGGAUCGGUCCUCGAGACGGUUCAGGAAGCGAGCCUUCCUUCGACACCUUCCACUGACAAGAAGUUGAGCCCGACGAAACCCGAAGAGCAACUCCCUGGUAAUGGCAAACAGGCUGUCGAGAGCGGCAGUGAAAGUGGUGGAAACAGGAGUUCAGACACCAAACAAAAGAAGCGUCCGCGCGACUCGUCUAUCACCUCCAAGACCGGUGAUAUCCCACCAAAGCGGUCCUUCACGUCCUUGAACGGUGCCCGGGGGAAGCCAGGCGACGGGUCUGUCCGCAACAUGAUUGUCGAGACUGAGACCGUCAGCUCGGUUCCGCAGGUAUCACUUGGCGUCGGCGCCGGUGAGCGAGGGGCUUCUGGAAGAGCAGAUCAAGGCACCAUCCGUAUGAAGCCGAGCACCGAAACGAUCAGACCCAAAAAAGAAAGGAAACGACAGAGUCGGAAACCAACUGCCCUUCAGUCAGGGACCGUUUCGUCCAAAGCCGAUAUCUUUGAAGCCAAGGUUGCCAGCGCAGUGGAUGAAGCCGAUGUAUCUGAUUCCGACGAGACGUUCGUCUAUGAGUCAAACCCUCCAGAUCCUUAUCCGGUUGUCCAGCACAGAUAUCAUUCCCGGACGCCCAGCACGACUUCGAUGGUCAGCCAGAUGGAUCAGUUCGCAGGGCGGUCUCGCACCGGUCUCAGAGAUGGGGGUCACAGUGUCACUGGCAAGCGCAGUAUGAAGUUUACAAACAACAAUGCGUAUAAUAGCAGCAUCGAUGGUGAUGCUGCUGACGAUAUCGGCCGAGGCUCAUCUAGGGCUGAGAGUAAUGGACACACGAGUCGCCAUAUUGGCCGCCACGGACGGAGUGGGUAUGCUUCAUUAUUCGACCGCGAAUCACCUUUCCCACCGUCGCAGCCCAUCCCUAAAUCUCCUCGACAUCUAACGGGCAAUGCCUUCCGACACAGCAGACAUGCCAGUCCGAGGACUGCCCAAAACUAUCGCACUAUGGGCAGUCCCAGGAAAACUGGGGAUGCAUAUAGCUACGACAUCGAUGGUGAGGGAGCGGAUGACGAACGAACCCCGCUGGUAGGCUCUGUCCGAAUCAAUAGGAGCCGUCAUGGUCGACGACCAAAUAGUGCGAGCCUGCGACAGCUGGAAUAUGUGGAGCAGCGUCGACGACGAUACUUUUCCCGAUAUGGCAGCUGUAUUCUUUUUACGCUGCUGAUUCUUCUGUUGGUCGGCGGUGCCACUACAUUUGUCAUUGCUGUGACCAAGCCACUGCGAGAUCUCUCAGUAAUCGAGAUCCAGAACGUGCUGGCGUCAGAGCAAGAGAUAAUGCUAGACUUGGACGUACUGGCGGUUAAUCCUAACCUCUUUCCCAUUGCUGUUAAUGACAUGGAUGUCAACAUCUUCGCGAAGAGCAGGUUUGUCGGGAGCGAAAAGUUCUGGAGAGACCAUGGGCCCCAUCCAGAUGACUUCCCUCGCGUUGAACGGAGCAAACGACGGGCCCUGAUGGCACGGACCGUCAACUAUACGCGCAGAGCCGAUCUUGAAGGAGCUAGCCUUCUUCGUCCUGGACAUGGAAUUGACAGAGGCACGGAUCCGAUCCCAGAUCCAUCCGGAGAUCCCCAGACCAUGUUGUUGGGCAGAGUCUUUGAGUUUGAUUCUCCGCUUACGUUCGACCCAUCGCCGUGGGAGCAGCUACCGUCCGAAUCGAUCGGUCAGAUCCGGCUGCGACGGCCAGGAAACAAGACGGAAGAGGGCGGCACCGAGAGAUGGGAGCGUGUUCUGCAACAUCCUUUCGAGCUCAUUGUUCGCGGUGUGGUCAAAUACCAGUUACCGCUGAGCUCGAGGAUGCACCUGACGACUAUCAGUUCAAGUGUCAAGGUGAUUCCCGACGGCGAUACGAGCGGAGGCGACGGUGAUAUUCCCCGUAACGAUACGGUGAAGAUAAAUGGUAUGCGGAGGUAUAACUUUCAUACUGUGCAUCUUCCUGUCAACGACGGCCGUCCUACUGAAUCAUCGGCACUACAAGCUCGUACGACACGAGCAUUUUCAGCAUGA